UCAAUAAUCGAUCAGCAACAAAAGCACCGUGAUAGUAACUAGUGACAGCGUGAGGGCGUUCGCAAUGGCGAGGCGUCUGGGAGUCGUGCUGGCUUUAGCGGCUGUCGUCCUUCUCGCCGCCGCGGGGGCCGCCACCGCGCAAUCCAAGCCACGGCCACCCAAUGCCAAUGGCCCGAAGCCGAAGCCGAAUCCGAUAAGCGUCAAGUGCAGUGAGAGUCCCAGGGUAAACCCCUACUGCUCCAACCAGAGGAUGGACUGCCCCGCCAACUGCCCCCAGUCCUGCUACGCCGACUGCAAAUCAUGCAAACCCGUCUGCGUGUGCAACACCCCGGGGGCGUGCGGCGACCCGCGCUUCAUAGGCGGUGACGGCAACGCCUUCUACUUCCACGGACGCAGGGACGCCGACUUCUGCGUCGUCUCCGACCGUGACCUUCACAUCAACGCACACUUCAUCGGCAAGAGCGGCCACAGCGGCAUGUCCCGGGACUUCACCUGGAUCCAGGCCAUCGCCGUGCUCUUCGACGGCCACCGCCUCUACCUCGGCGCCAGGAAGACCGGCACCUGGGACGACGCGGUCGAGCACCUAGAGAUCAUCCUGGACGGCGAGCCCGUGUACCUCCCUGCCGACCUGGUCGAAGGCGCCAAGUGGACCUCCAGCCGCGUCCCCGAGCUGUCCGUGACCCGCAGCAAGGCGGCCAACGGCGUGCUCGUCGCCCUCCACGGAAAGUUCAGCGUCAGGGCCAACGCCGUGCCCAUCACCGAGGAGGAUUCGAGGGUGCACCGCUACGGCGUCACCGCCGAUGACUGCCUCGCGCACCUCGAGCUGGCGUUCAAGUUCGACGCGCUGACCGACGACGUCCACGGUGUGGUCGGACAGACGUACCGCUCCGACUACGUCAACCAUUUCGACGUGAGGGCCUCCAUGCCCACCAUGGGAGGAGAUGCCACCUUCACCACCUCCAGCCUGUUCGCCGCCGACUGCAGCGUGGCGCGCUAUGGAGUCAGCCGUGGAAACGACGGUGCCGCGGUGCUAUCUGAGCUCUCUGCUGUCACCUGUGCCAGUGGCAUGGACGGCAAGGGUGUCGUGUGCAAGAAGUAAAACGCUUCUUGUAUGCAUAUGGCGACUGUUGUGUACUGGCCGUGCAUGUCUGCAUGCAUGCACAGUUGACAAGUACGUACUUCACAUGAAUAAGCAAAGGGCAUAAUUUGAUGUGUGUGGGACUUGGAACUUUAUAUUAUCAUCAAAGAACUAGUAUGUGCCAUUUGCACUAUAUGUUGCACCAACGAAGAAUAUCCUA